GUCACCAAGGAGGCUUUUGCAUGAUGUGUGUUAUGCAGAACCACAUGAUCCAGGCUUUUGCCAACAGCGGCAAUGCAAUAAAGCCAGUGUCCUUCAUCCGAGACCUCAAGAAGAUUGCCCAGCACAUCCGCUUCGGCAACCAGGAGGAUGCGCACGAGUUCCUGCGUUACACCAUUGAUGCCAUGCAGAAGGCCUGCCUGAAUGGCUGUACCAAGUUGGAUCGCCAGACCCAGGCCACGACGCUGGUUCACCAGAUCUUUGGCGGUUACCUGCGGUCCCGUGUGAAGUGCUCAGUGUGCAAGAGCGUCUCAGACACCUAUGACCCUUACCUGGACCUGGCGCUGGAGAUCAGGCAAGCGGCAAACAUAGUGCGGGCGCUGGAGCUGUUCGUGAAGUCAGACGUGCUGGGCGGGGAGAACGCCUACAUGUGUGCCAAAUGCAAGAAGAAAGUGCCAGCCAGCAAACGCUUCACCAUCCACCGAGCCUCCAAUGUUCUCACGCUCUCGCUGAAGCGCUUUGCCAACUUCAGUGGAGGCAAAAUCACAAAGGACGUGGGGUACCCCGAGUUCUUGAACAUCCGCCCUUACAUGUCUCAGAACAAUGGGGAUCCCAUCAUGUACGGACUCUAUGCAGUGCUGGUGCACUCUGGGUACAGCUGCCAUGCGGGGCACUACUACUGCUACGUGAAGGCCAGCAACGGGCAGUGGUAUCAAAUGAACGAUGACCUGGUCCGCUCCAGCAACAUCAAAGUGGUCCUCAACCAGCAGGCCUACGUGCUGUUCUACCUGAGAAUCCCCAGCCCCAGGAAGAGCUCGGAGGGGCCCAUUGCCAAAGCUGCCUCCAGUCUGCCCACCCGUACUGGCAGUGUCUCCGAUCAGGUCAAGAAAACUGUGACCAACGGGCCCCUGUCUUCACCACUGAUGGGCCGGAGACCAGACGUGCUGCCGGGGAAGAAGCUGCCAGGGCCGGAGGAAGUCGGAGUCCCUGUGGCCCGCAGCACAUUCGGGACGGUCCCAAAGCUGCCGAAUGGAACCGCUCCGCCGAAGCUGCCCGCUGGGUCCCUGUCACCCAAACUGCCCCUCAAAGCCACCCAUGUGGCCACAGCGCUGCCCGAUGAUGCAGCCCGGAGGCCCAAGAAGCAGCUCUCCUUCCCGCAGCUGCCUCCCGUGCCCAGAGCAGUUCAGGGCUUCUGUGACACCAGCAAUGCAAGUGGGGCCAAAGCGGAGCUGCCCCGGCAGAACUCCUGGGAGAGCAAGCAGCCACCUACCUCACCCAAGCUGCUGCUGGAGCCCAGCCCCAGCCAGGAGCCUGGGGGCAGUGGGGAGAACGCCGGGACCCUGGAGAGGGACUCCUGUGGCAGCAGUGCUGCCAGCCCAGCGCACGGUGCAGUGGGGAAGCUGGCCAAAGCAUCCCAGAAGGCCAAGAGUGGAACCGGCAGCUUCUGCACCUCUCAGGAAACGGACUGUGGCACGGACCUCCCUGCUGGCCCUGGCACCGAGCCGGCUGCCCCCGAAGACUCCAAGCCGGCAAAAUUGAAAUCCUCCUUGUUGGCCAGCGCCGCUCUGGAGCUGAGCAGUACCAUGUCACCGCCACCGGCCAAGAAGCUGGCACUCUCCGCCAAAAAGGGCAGCACCCCGCGGAAGGCGAGCGGAAGUGACCGCCACGCACAACCUCACCCACAAUUUGCUGGUCACACCUACCCCACGAACACCACCCACCCCGACUCCACUCCCUGGCCUUUCGGCAAGUCGAGGCUGUCCUCAUCUGCUCUCAAACUGCCAAGUCCUGAAAAGCCUGCCUUCAGCUUCAUCCUCAACUCAGCCCCUCGGCUCCCAGCCUCCCCCCUGACCAACGGUUCCACUGCCCACCCUGCGCACCACCUUCCUCCCUGCAGCAGGGAGAAGGGGCCCAGCCAGGUCACCCCGGGUUCCUCCAAAAAGAAGCGGCGAAAGCAGCAUCAUGGAGCAGACAGCAGCCCUCAUGCUCUGGCUGUGAAGGGCAGGGAUGAAGUCUCCAGCCCCCCCCGGAAGAAGAAGAAUCUCGCUCGGGAGGGCUCGGUGUCCCUCGCGGGGAAGGAGGCGGCAGGCAAAGGUCCCAGCGGUGGCAGGGAGGUGCCGGGCUGUCAGGACCUGGAGAGCAGGCCCAAGCAGCAGGUGUCAGAGCCCAGUACUUACCUGGACACGGAGCCCAUCUCCCCCCUCAAGAGGAAGAAGAAAAAGAGGAGAAUGGAGGAGACAGAAGAGCGCUGCUCCGGGACGCUGUCCUUGGGCAGCUCUAGGAGGGCUGAGACGGAGCCCUGGAUGACAAAGCAGCAGCGGAGCGUGGAGGCUGGGGCUGGAGAGAGCGAGCACCGCAAGCGCAAGCGGAGGGAAAGCCUCAGCAGCCCAGUGUUGGAGCGGCCGGCUGCCAACGGCAUCCACACCGCAGACGGCACCCCAGUGGCAGUGUGUGCCUGGGACAGCCAGGCUGGAGACACGUACAGGCGCUGCCCAGCUGCCCUGAGCCCCAAGCCCGGCCGUAGGGCUGGCACAGCACCUGGCAGCCAGGAGGAGUCCAGCGUGGUGGAGGAGCUGCUCAGGAACUCUUUGGACAAGGCUUAUGGCAAACAAGUCUUGACCUGGGAGGGCGAGAUCUCAGCUGUCAGCCAGGAUGCCAUUCGGGAUGCAGCGUGGGCCCGGAGCGAGACUGUCAUCGAUGAGUGGGACGAGGAGUUUGACAGAGGGAAG